UAAUAAUGCACCUGGGCCAAAGUGCUCCAAAAAUGCUUUAGGGUACAACUCUUUGUCCUCCUCAGCUGUGUUCCGGGCCCGCUGAUUCUCCAGCGCUCCUAGAAAGUGGGGGUGGGGAGCCUGACACCUAUAAAAUAAAUGCGGACAAGGAGAAAGGAAGACCACCCCGGGGUGGUAUAUGCCACUCUCUCCACCCGCCCCUUUCCUCCAUAGGCUUCCCUCCUGAGGUGUGUCCCUGGACUGCCGUAUGGAGACACCUCUUUCACCUCCGGAGGUCUAGGCCUAGGCGCAACGGUAGCUCGGGGCGCGCCAUGGUUUCGCCUGCCUGACUUAGCAUUCUGUCUGAGGGCACAGGCAGAAGGAGAAGGCUCGCGGCUUGCCUUCUCUCUUUCCACCUCUUCUUCUCUGUCUGGCUUUUGUGUUGGUGCCUCAGAGCUGCGAAGAGGGUGAGCUGAAGGAGGAGGAGGGGGACCUGGGGUGAGAGGCACCCCCUGCACGAGCGCGCGCGCGCUUGCGGUGCCGGUGCACGCACACACGCGCGGACACACUUGCGGACACGCGCGCACACACACAUGCACAAAGCUCGCUCGAUUCGAGCGCACUAACGUGGUCGUUUUCUUUGUGUGGAACCCUCGAGGGGGUUGGGGCCCUGGUCUCGUCCCGUCCUGUCUCGGGGAGAUGGCGCAGCCCAUUAUGGGCCAUGGGAGCCUGCAACCGGCCUCGGCCGCUGGCCUGGCAUCCCUGGAGCUCGACUCAUCGCUGGACCAGUACGUGCAGAUUCGCAUCUUCAAGAUCAUUGUGAUUGGGGACUCCAACGUGGGCAAGACCUGCUUGACCUUCCGCUUCUGCGGCGGGACCUUCCCGGACAAAACUGAGGCCACCAUCGGUGUGGACUUCAGGGAGAAGACCGUAGAAAUCGAGGGCGAGAAGAUCAAGGUUCAGGUGUGGGACACAGCAGGUCAGGAACGCUUCCGCAAAAGCAUGGUAGAGCAUUAUUACCGCAAUGUGCAUGCAGUGGUCUUCGUCUAUGACGUCACCAAGAUGACAUCCUUCACCAACCUCAAAAUGUGGAUCCAAGAAUGCAAUGGGCAUGCUGUGCCCCCGCUAGUCCCGAAAGUGCUUGUGGGCAACAAGUGUGACUUGAGGGAACAGAUCCAGGUGCCCUCCAACUUAGCCCUGAAAUUUGCCGAUGCCCACAACAUGCUCUUGUUUGAGACAUCGGCCAAGGACCCCAAAGAGAGCCAGAACGUGGAGUCAAUUUUCAUGUGCCUGGCUUGCCGAUUGAAGGCACAGAAAUCCCUGCUCUAUCGUGAUGCUGAGAGGCAGCAGGGAAAGGUGCAGAAACUGGAGUUCCCACAGGAAGCUAACAGCAAAACUUCCUGUCCCUGUUGAAACCAAAUGGUGUAAAUACAAGCUCCAUUAUCACUAGAGAUUUUUUCUUUCCUUUUUUUCCGUGCCUGCAUAAUGCUGACACCUGCUUGUUUCCAUACAAAUUGAUACUAAAAUAAAAUUUGUAUAGAUUA